GGCAGGCGGCGAGCGCGCGGGCGGGGCGGGGUUCGGCGGCGCUCCACGAGAACCAAAGUGCAGCUGCUGACCCGGCAAAACUCAACGGGGCUGGACAGCCAUGCCUAAGUACUGCAGGGCGCCGAACUGCUCCAACACUGCGGGCAGCUUGGGCGCAGACAACCGCCCUGUGAGCUUCUACAAGUUCCCACUGAAGGAUGGUCCCCGGCUGCAGGCCUGGCUGCGGCACAUGGGCCGUGAGCACUGGGUGCCCAGCUGCCACCAGCACUUGUGCAGUGAGCACUUCACGCCCUCCUGCUUCCAGUGGCGCUGGGGUGUGCGCUACCUGCGGCCUGAUGCAGUGCCCUCCAUCUUCUCCCAGGCACCACCUGCCAAGAGUCAGCAGAGGACUCGACGCACCCAGAAGCCAGUCUCGCCACCACCUCCCCUGCAGGAGAAAACACCCCUGCCCCAGGGCCCUGCCAUCCCAGUCUCUGACCCAGUGCGCCUAGUGGUGCUGGACCCCACAUCGGGGAGCCCCGAGACUGCGGCCACCAUGCUCCUGACCCCCCUGGCCCCUGCGGCCACUCCUGAGGGGUCACAACCUGAAGUCCCUGCCCAACAGGCCCAGACUGGGCUGGGCUCAGUGCUGGGAGCACUGCAACGCCGGGUGCAGAGGCUACAACGGUGCCAGGAGCAGCACCAGGCGCAGCUGCAGGCGCUGGAACGGCUGGCACAGCAGCUGCAUGGGGAGAGCCUGCUGGCACGGGCAUGCCGGGGUCUGCAGCGCCUGACAACGGCCCAGACCCUUGGACCUGAGGAAUCCCAAACGUUCACCAUCAUCUGUGGAGGGCCUGACAUAGCAGUGGUCCUUGCCCAGGGCCCUGCACCUGCCACAGUGGAUGCCAAGCCGGAGCUCCUGGACACUCGAACCCCCAGUGCAUAA